AUGUGGAGGAGGUGGCUGUGGAGGAGGUGGAUUGAGCUUGGUGUGGUGGUGGAGCUGGAGCUGGAGCUGGAACUAGAGCUGGAGCUGGUAAAGCUUGACGACGACGAGCUGGAUGUGGAGCUAGUCGUGGUGCUGGAAGUUGUGCUGGAAGGCGUCGAGGAAGUCGAGCUCGAGGACGAUGGUGUUGAGGAAGGUGUCGUGGAUGUAGACGACGUGGAUGGAGCUGGUGUACUGCUUGGCGUUGUGAACGUGGAGGAGCUGGACGUGGUGCUUGAGGAGCUGAAAGUAGUGCUUGAGCUGCUAGAACUGCUUGAGCUGCUAGAACUGCUGACGCUGCUGGAACUGCUAGAACUGCUGCUGCUGCUGCUGCUGCUGCUGCUGCUGCUCUGA